AUCUCCGUCCAGACCCGCCCAACGUUGUCUGCUCUCUAUCGGUCCUUUUGUCGCUCCCAGCCGGACCCCAAGAUGUAUCGUAUCGCAAGACUAUCGGCUCCAAUCGGCCGAAAGCACCUCCUGCCAGUCAUCGCCGUUCGUCAGCCAGGGCUCGCCUACCGGCUCAUGUCCGGCUCGCUUCCGGACCCGAAGGAGCAGCCGCCCAUCUACUCGAUCCCAAAGGACCCCAUGGCCGAUCUCUCCGAGCAGGAAAAGAUUGCCAUCAAGAAGGACAUUGAGUUCCAAGCCCGACGAGCGCACUCGAUCUCAUACGCGAUCCUGGGCGGAGGUAUCGGGGCGAUCCUCCUGGGAAUCUAUGUGUUCACGAGCCCAUCGCCUCGCUCAACGACUGUUUAGCCACCAGCAAACGACCUCAUGUCCUCACCCGAGCACACUGUUCGUCCGGACUGGCUUCCUCUACGAUCGACAGCCAGCUCGGCAUUUUGAAAUACACGCCGCCCAAGCGGACGACCU